CGGCCCGGUCUCCUCCUCGUCGCCGCAGGUCCCCCGCGAGGUCACUGCGCCCCUGGUUCGCUGCCCCGGGUUCCCGCGGCCCCGCGCCCUGCAGCCCUGUGCGCACGCGUCGCCCCCAUCGGAGCCGCGCCUGCGCACUCGGCGCGUCCCCGCCCACGAUGAAGCUGUUUCGCCGCGCGUGGCGGCGCCGGACGGCGCUCGGCCUGGGCGGCCUCGCGUUCGGCGGCGCCGCGCUGCUGUAUCUGGCGCGCUGCGCGUCCCAGCCCGCCGCCCCCGCCACCGCCUCGCCCCGCGCCGCCGCCUUCCUGGCCGUGCUGGUGGCCAGCGCGCCCCGCGCCGCCGAACGCCGCAGCGCUGUCCGCAGCACGUGGCUGGCAGCGGCGCGGCGCGACGGCCCGGGCGACGUGUGGGCGCGCUUCGCCGUGGGCACGGGCGGCCUGGGCGCCGAGGAGCGUCACGCCCUGGAGCGCGAGCAGGCACUGCAUGGAGACCUGCUGCUGCUGCCCACGCUGCGCGACGCCUACGAGAACCUCACGGCCAAGGUGCUGGCCAUGCUGGCCUGGCUGGACGAGCACGUGGCCUUCGAGUUCGUGCUGAAGGCAGACGACGACACCUUCGCGCGGCUGGACGCGUUGCUGGCCGAGCUGCGCGCGCGCGAGCCCUCGCGCCGCCGCCGUCUCUACUGGGGCUUCUUUUCAGGCCGCGGGCGCGUGAAGCCGGCGGGGCGCUGGCGUGAAGCCGCCUGGCAGUUGUGCGACUACUACCUGCCCUAUGCGCUGGGCGGUGGCUACGUGCUCUCAGCUGACCUGGUGCGCUACCUGCGCCGCAGCCGUGUGUACCUGCGCGAGUGGCACAGCGAGGACGUGUCGCUGGGCGCCUGGCUGGCACCCGUGGACGUGCAGCGCGAGCACGACCCGCGCUUCGACACCGAGUACAAGUCCCGCGGCUGCAACAACAAGUACCUGGUGACUCACAAGCAGAGCCCGGAGGACAUGCUGGAGAAGCAGCGCUCGCUGCUGCACGAUGGCCGGCUGUGCGCGAGCGAGGUGCAGCUGCGCCUCUCCUACGAGUACGACUGGUCGGCGCCGCCCUCGCAGUGCUGCCAGCGGAAGGAGGGCAUCCCCUGACCCAGCCAGAGGAAGCCUGGCAGGGCCGAGAUGGACGCCAAGUGGCCCGGACAGCUUUGAGGCCCAGGAACGCCUUGUAGGUGUGCAUACCGGGUGCCGCGUGCUGACCCUGAUGCAGCUAGCAGGGCCCUGGCCUGUGGUGCUUCCCUGCCACGGGGGCCUGGACAUCCCCCUUACCUGCCCCAGCGACUGCGGUCGGGGUUCACUGACCACCUGGACCAGAGCGGGGACAGAGCCGCUGGCAGGCCCCUGCACUGAACUCACCCGGGUGGCACACAAGGGGUUUUCGCCAAAACUGCCUUUGUACCGUUUGGACAGAUUGUUUUUUGUCUCUGGUCGGUAUCAUUGGUCAUGUUUAAGUCAGAAUUGAGUCAGCCACAUCGAUUAACUUUGAUGGCGUUGUGGUCCUAGAGUUCGUGGUAAAUAUAACUCAGUGUUUGCCUGCGUCCUAUUUAUAAGUGCUGUUAUUUGUGUAGAUAAGCUUUAGGUUGGGAGUGUCUGGAUGUUUUAAAAAAUUAUUUGAGAAGA